AUGUCCGAUGCUCACGAGGAGCCACUCUACCCUUCCUUAGCAUUUCCUAAUUCCAAACACGCAACAUUACCGAAAUCAUGGUGGAACUUUGAGAAUUUUGCCAACGUCGUUGACGGCCAGCUCAAGUCGACGGAGGGGACGCGCACAGGCAUCAACCCCGCCACUCUUGAGCCCCUCGCUCCCGUUCCCGUCUCCAGCCCCGCGGACGUUGACGCCGCCGUUGAAGCCGCCGCGGGGGUGCCGCUGUGUGGGCCAAGGCGUCGUUCGAGGAGCGCCGCGAGGGCGUCAACAAGUAUGCCGACAAGCUGGCCGAGCUCGCAAAACGAGUUUGCCGCCCUUCCUCACCCAAGGAGCAGGGCAAAGCCUUGUGGGGGGUCCAAGAAGUUUUGA